AUGAGCUGUCUGGAUGUUAUGUACCAAGUCUAUGGUCCUCCCCAGCCUUACUUUGCAGCCGCCUACACCCCCUACCACCAGAAACUAGCCUAUUACUCCAAAAUGCAGGAAGCCCAAGAGUGCAACGCCAGCCCCAGCAACAGCAGUGGCAGCUCCUCCUUUUCCAGCCAAACUCCAGCCAGCAUAAAAGAGGAAGAAGGCAGCCCAGAGAAAGAGCGCCCACCAGAGGCAGAGUACAUCAACUCCCGCUGCGUCCUCUUCACCUAUUUCCAGGGAGACAUCAGCUCCGUGGUGGAUGAGCACUUCAGCAGAGCCCUGAGCCAGCCUAGCAGCUAUUCCCCAAGCUGUACAAGCAGCAAAGCACCCAGGAGCUCGGGGCCCUGGCGGGACGGCUCCUUCCCGAUGAGCCAGCGCAGCUUCCCCGCCUCCUUCUGGAACAGCGCGUACCAGGCUCCGGUGCCCGCGCCGCUGGGCAGCCCGCUGGCCACCGCGCACUCGGAGUUGCCCUUCGCCGCCGCCGACCCCUACUCGCCCGCCGCGCUGCACGGCCACCUGCACCAGAGCGCGGCCGAGCCCUGGCACCACGCGCACCCGCACCACGCGCAUCCGCACCACCCCUACGCCCUGGGCGGCGCCCUCGGCGCCCAGGCCGCCGCCUACCCGCGGCCCGCCGCCGUGCACGAGGUCUACGCGCCGCACUUCGACCCGCGCUACGGGCCGCUGCUGAUGCCGGCAGCCUCGGGGCGCCCGGCCCGCCUCGCGCCCGCGCCGGCGCCCGCGCCCGGCAGCCCGCCCUGCGAGCUCUCCGCCAAGGGCGAGCCGACCGGCGCAGCGUGGGCCGCGCCCGGGGGACCCUUCGCGAGCCCCGCGGGGGACGUGGCCCAGGGUCUGGGACUCAGCGUGGACUCAGCUCGUCGCUAUUCCCUCUGUGGUGCAUCCCUCCUGAGCUGA